CAAUAUUGUUAAUCUCCAUAAUAACAUGGCGGAAGCUUCACUGGCGUCCAAAAUGAUCUCUUUCUCUCAAUAAUUUCGGACAAAGUGACCCCUUAAAUAGGAUAAAUACUGGGAUUUUAACAUCGUCACGAGAAGCCAUGACCGAUAGGGUAGAAUGGGUGGAGAUCAUCGAACCCAAGACACAGCGGCCCAUGUACGGCAACCUGAGGACCGGGGAGCUGGCAUGGGAACCCCCCUCCAGCGCAAAAGUGAAAAAGAGAGAUAACAACCAGUGGUGGGAGCUGUUUGAUCCAAAGACGUCCCGUUUCUACUACUACAAUGAGAUGCUACAGAAGACGGUCUGGCAUCGGCCGACCAACUGUGACAUCAUACCCCUCGCUAAACUACAGACUUUGAAGCUAAACACAGAAGCCCGGCAGGAUGAUGCUGAGGUUCAUAAACAUAAACAACAACAUUCUCAGCGGCAUCGCCACCGACAUCGAGAGGACAAUCGGCACGCCCGCCAUCACCACCACCACCAUCAGCAGCAGCAGGGUCCACCAAGGGGGCUUCCCCAUGACAAUGAGAGGAUGGAGGGUGAUGGACAGGCGGAGCUGAUCGGUCAGCCUGUAAGACAACGAAGGGCGUCAGACCAGGUGGAGAGAUCCAGAUUCAACGAACUUGCCACGGCCCACAGCAUGGGCUACCAUCAUCAAGGGGUCAUGCACGGGUCACCUAGAGGUCAAAGGUCACAGCGUUAUGUCCAGGAGAUGCCCGGGAUGCCAAUACCUCCCAACAUGCAACAGCAGCCACAGUACCCCUUGCCACAGGUACCUUACGCACACCAAGGUAGAAUGCGAUCUGACAGUGAACCGAUGGACAUAUCCAAAGUCCGGGGCGACAUGCAGGGACAACCGCCCAAUUUCAGUCGCUACCCGACUCACGGUGGUCGCGGAGGAUAUGAACUCGGUUCGGUUGGCAGGUCAGCGGGUCACGCUAUUCAAGAGGUCAUGCAAAGAGAAGGAUCUGGAGGGAACCUUUCGCAGGGCUCUGAUCAUUCGCAGGAGCGCCAUCGUCCGGACAGUCGGGCGUCGCAGUCGUCGCAUCAGUCGACGGAAGGCUAUGGACCGCAGCGGAGGCGGUCGCUGGAGAUGCAGGGACAACACGUCCACGAGCGUUCAGACAGUCAGGUGUCUACGGUGAGUCAGGGCGAGGAGCGGCAUCGAACAGCGCCCUCACCCCGCAGCAAAAAGAAGAAACAGAUGCCGAAGAUGGGCGUGACGGCGGCCAUGCAAAGAACUUUUGGCGGGCCUACGAGUCCCAACGCGAACCUGCCCCAUUCGCAGUCGGGGGAACGUCUGCAGCAUUUCUUUGGACAGCCGCCGCGCAACCAACUUCCGCCUCAAAUUCAAACCCAACCUCCAAACACGCAGGGGUUCAUCGGACCCGGCUACCACCGAAACGAGCAGGAGAGUCCUCGAUUAGCCAGUCCCAUGGACUCCUCUUUCUCACCUCCAGGUUCCAACAAUUUCAAUCGCACGGCCACUCCGGAUUCCUCGUCGAGUUUGGACUCCUCCUCUCAAUACCCCAGCACCAAAGACCGCCAUCUCGUGCCCAGCUACGGUGCAGGAUUCCCCGACCAGCGUGGGGAACACAUUGUUCAUAAACAUUCAGAUAGCCAGCUUUCGCAGAACUCCCAGACCUCCAUUUCGUCCCAUCAUUCGGACUCCUCCAACCGGCCGGUAACGUCCGAUUCACAACGGUCCCAGUCCUCCGAAGACCUCAACGGUCCUACCUACGUUCACGUUGGUCCACCUUCGCAGGAGGACCACAUUCUCUCUCACAGACACUCGCCGGCCAUGCAAGCCCCGAACAAUAACCUACCGCCCCAACUCUCGACGGACACCGACGAGAUCAUGCCAUCGGAUCCUAUCUACGCAAACCUCGAGUUCAUCGCGCAGCGCGAGAAGGAGGACGAGCAGCGCAUGGUCCUGCGCGAGAUGGAUCGGUUGAGCGGGGCCCAGGAUAUCGAGAUUAAGAUCCACCGUAAUCACUCCGGAUCGCCCAUGGGGCGGAUUAACGGGGAACAUGAGAACAGGAGCUAUAGUCUUGAAGCUUUGGACCAACACGAACAACUUGCCAAGGCGGGCAUUCGACUCAAUAAGAGUUUUGACUCAGAAGAGAGUUCAUCCCGCGAUGCGUCCGUCACCCACGAGAGCAGCCCCAUGAACACGCCCGGGUCUCCGCCCUCCCCCACGUCUCACGACACCCACUCCAUGGAGAGCCCCCUGACGGAGACGGUCCACGCCUCCCUGCAGCGCGGGGGGCACCACCGUGGGAGCACGACCUCCUCCACCAGCGGUGUCAACAUGAUCCAGACCAGCGUCUUCGAACGCAGCAUCUCCGUGCAGGACCAACGCCCCAUCUCCAUGGUAAUUUGCGAGGCCACGCCCCCAGUGGUGGUGUCGGAAGAGUGGAAGCAAAAGACAGGAACUGUUCCGCACGGCCUCAAGAAUAGUCCGUCUCUCAUUGCCAUCACACGAGGAGGGAACAAGAAAGGGAUUCUGCCCGGAGAGAACGAUCUAGAGAACGUUGCCCCAGACAAUCUGAACAGACACAAGAAAGGGCUGUUUAGAAAGAAGAUCUCACUCUCAAAUAUGCUGUCGUGGACAAAGGAGCCCAUAAGGAAGUCCAUGCUGAUGACGGAAGAUAAGGCAGUCAAAAGGGAAGCACCAGAAGUCUUUAAACUGACCCAGUGUUACAUGGGUGACCGGGUGAUCAAGGGUCACACCAGGGACUAUGCCUUGCUGGACCUGGUGGUCAAGGGCUGGUCCAUCGUACCUCUACGGGACGAGGUCUACAUCCAGGUCUGCCGACAAACCUCAGAGAACUACCAAGAGGACAGCCUACGCUCAGGCUGGGAGCUGAUGGCUAUUCUACUCUACUUCUUCCCUCCCUCUGUAUCGUUUCAUCCCUACCUAGAGAGCUACAUUGUCAAACACCUGGCUGGAGACUUUGAUACCAGAAAGUUUGUGUGUUGCGUUUCUCAGGUGACAGUCAAGGACUACGCUGAGCAGUGCAUGAAACGCUUGGACAGGGUGGCACAGUUUGGAGCCCGGAAAGGCAACAAGAAGAUCUCUUCAGAUGAAAUAGCAAUCGCUAAGAAUUCCAUCUUCUUUCCGUCUUUGUUUGGGAACACGCUGGAAGAGGCAUUGGAGCUGCAGAAAGAUCGCUUCCCAGACUACUCUCUGCCCUGGAUUGUGGUCGUCCUGUCUGAGGAGGUUCUGAGGCUGAAUGGGCAACGGUGUGAAGGCAUCUUUAGGGUACCCGGUGACAUUGACGAGGUCAACAGUUUGAAGCUCAAGUGUGACCAAUGGGUGCACCCAGAGUGCUCCGACCCGCACGUCCCCGCCUCCCUCCUCAAGCAGUGGUAUCGUGACCUCUACACGCCCCUCAUCCCCGACGAGUUCUACGAGCGGUGCAUCGUCAUGUGCAACGACAAGGACGGAGCCCUCGAGGUCGUGGAGGACCUCCCGGAUCUCAACCGACAUGUGCUCUCCCACUUCAUCAGGUUCCUGCAGAUCUUUGCUCACGAGGAGCACGUAGCCUUAACCAAGAUGGACGUGAACAAUCUGGCCAUGGUGAUGGCGCCAAACUGCCUACGAUGCAUCUCGGACCAACCGGAAAUCAUCUUUGAGAACACUCGCAAGGAGAUGUCCUUUGUUCGUCUUCUUAUCCAGUAUUUAGAUACCUCUUACAUGGUGGAUAUACAUUAAUGAAAUUAUCUUUCAGAACAGAACACUCGUAAGGAGAUGGCCAUUGUUCGGCUCCUCACUCAGUAUUAAAGCCCCAAUGCACUACUUAUAGCUACUUGCGCCCUCUGUAUAGCAAACAAUGCCUAAUCGGUGCCUGUUGGUCUCCCAUCCUCUUUUCUGUAUGUUAAUUAAGAGCUGAUUUGAUGAGAUAACCACCUGUCAGUGACCUUGCAGGGAGGUCUAAUCCCCUGGCCAAACUAGUGCAGACAGGCUUUAAAAUACCUUCUACAUGGAGGGUAUAGGGUAAUGAAAUGUGAAGGUCACGUUGGUAUCAAAAUGUUCAGAGGCUUCAUUAGCUUUAGGUCAGAUGGUUGAGAAAUUGUUCUUGUGGCCACCGAAGAAUAAAUUAUUAUGUUAAUUAGGGUAUACGGUUAUGAAGUAAAUAUGUAGUGCAGGCAUCAAAGUGUUCAGAUGCUCCAAUAAGAUGGUUUUAGAAAUUGUUCUUGUGGCCACCAAAGAAUUAGUUAUGCAUGGAAAAGUCCUGCUUUCAUCUCCUCAUCAAAUAUUUAAAUACCUCCUAAGGUAAUGACAUAAUUAUGAAGGUCACGUUGUUGUCAAAAUGUUCAGAGGCUUUAAUAGCUUGGGGUCAGAUGGUUUUAGGGAUUUUUCUUUUGGCUACCAAAGAAUAAGUUUUUUGGAGGGUGUGGGAUAUAUGUAUAACUGCGGGUGUUGUGGGGCUCCAACAGCUCGUACCAGACCCUGACUCUUCAGGUUUUAAGAUUUAUCAGAGGUUUACCGAAAAAUAUUUGUAAGAAUAUUCUCAGGCCGUCUACUCAUCAAGUAUUAAGAUACCACUAAUAUGUUAUUGAAUAAGAGAGUACUUACACAGCAUUGGUUUCAAGGUCUGGAUGAUUUGUCUAAGGGCACAACAUAAUUUGUUAUGCACGCUUUGUCCGUUCUCUUUCUACUUAUCUCGUAUUAAGAUACUUUUAGGAAAGUACACAGUCAAUGAAACGUGAAAGUCUUAUGGUUUUGAGGAUUUGCCUAAGGUCACAACAGAGCUUGCAUGCAUGCAUUGUCCUUUUUAUGUCUACUCAUCUUAUCUCUAGAUAUGUCCAAAAGGAAAGUACACAGGUAAUAAAACGUGAAAGUCCAGUUGGUAUCAAAGCAUUCAGAGGCUUCAAUGGCUUAUGCCAUGACAUGGCUGUUAAGUUCUUGAGGAUUUGCCAAAGGUCACAACAGAAUUUGCAUGCAUGUACUCUCCUUUCUCUGUCUACUCAUCUAGUGUUCAUAUAUUAUUAAUAAGAGAGAAUGCAAUAAUGAAAAAUGAAAGUAGUUCUGGUAUCAACGUUGUCUGAUACACCUGAGGGUUUGCAUGUUAAGGGUUUAGGGCUUUGAAAGUUGAGGGUGCAGGAGCUUUGAAUUGUAAAAGUUUAUGGGGGUUGAAUGUUAGAGGCUUUUAGGGGUUCUAAUAAGUUUCGAAAAUUUGUCAUGUAAGUGCUGUCAGAUUAUUUUUCUAACGAGGUACAUGUAUGGAAUUGUAGAUGUCUUAGACUCCACCUCCAUUUGACUAAAUAUAAAGUCAAGAUUAGAAUUCCCCCAAAAUUUGACUCACAUCGAAUUGUACGUAUGGGACUAAUCUCAAUUUGAGAUUUUAUCUUCUUCUUUCUGAGAAUUUCUAUAUUUAAUUCAAUUCCAGAAGUUUUGCAGACAAUAAUUUAGGUUCUUUGAAUGUCACAGAAUGUCGCAAGUCUACUAAGAUGGCCAUAUAAUGUUUUUUUAAAUAUUUUUUUCAUAUGCUGAAUUAUGCCAUGUCUUUAUUCUGUUCAAUCAAUCAUUUUGCAUUUUUCAAUCACAAUAUCCUAACACCCGAAUUCUCUAAUACCGGUAGAUACUAAGGGCAUUUUACCCUCGCAAUCAAUUACUAUUUGCAGUUAUUAUUAUUAAUACGCCAUUAUGCAAUACAUAUUGUAUUCUGUUUACAUGUACUUGUGUAUAGCUCGACGUGUGUUAGGACAAAGUAGUAAGCCAAUGGUGUACAAUCAUGUCCGCAAAAGUUCCGUCGAUGAAAAUUGUUUCCUGUGCUUGCGAUUGCUGUGUUGAAAUCAUCCUUCCAUGUAUUUGAUUGUAUUGUUUUUGUUUAGGAUAGACAUGUACAGUCAAACUGCUUCAGUGGUCACCUGUAGAGAAAGACCACCUGUCUAUAAAGACCACAUUUUUGUUUGUUUCCCUUGAAUACGGUUUCUCAUUGAAACCUGUACUGAAGGAACUGGUAGAUGAAGGCCACCUGAGUACAAAGGCCACUUUCCAUGUCUCCCUUGAGUGGUCUUUAUAUACAGGUUUCACUGCACAUGUGCUUUUAGCAAAUUAAACAUGGAGGCUGAAUUAAAUUUGUAUGACAGUGUAGAGGCAGUUAUUUUGAAGGCCAAGUAUGAUUUAUUGCAAUUUCUGUAAUUAAUUGAUUGUGAAAUGCAAUGGUAUCAAGUUUCCCAUCCUGAAUUCAGUGGUGUUUAAAACUAAACAACUGAAGGGAGAGGGGAGGGGAGGGGGGGGGGGAGGAGAUGCCCUGAAUCUGUAUUAGUGUGGCAUCUCCACCCCAUCCCUCUCCCACUCCCAAAAUGAAAAAUGGAAAUAAAAUGGGAAAAAGAAGAUGAGGAGCAAAGAGGUUAUUUGAGAUAGUACAAAUUAGAUGAAGUGCACUCAGACAUUAUUUGUAAUCAAACAUACUUUGGUAUUAAGAAAUUGUCCCAAAUCAAAUUGUCUGAAUGGUUGAUGAUACAUGUAGUCUCAGCAUAUAGAAUGUAUUAUGUAUAGCUGUAUUAGUGAAACAUUACUUAGAUAAACAAACAACAUGAUCCUCAAGCGUAUUAUAUAUGUAUGUCAUUUUAUUGCUGAUGGUCACAAAAAAGGGAUGCAAAUUACCUCACUGCUUUUGUUUCUUUCGUUCACGUUGUAUUCAAAAAGUCCAUUUUUAUAUUCUCGUUUUCUAUAAUCUUGAUUGACUUACUGUGAAAGCCAUUUUUUUCUCACAUGUUGUACAACCACAUCAAGUUAAUAUAUAUCAUUGGGGAGGUUAUAAUACCUUGUAACUAAAGAUAGUCGAAUGAAGAUAAUCGAAUGAAGAUAGUCAAAUGAAGGUAGUCAAAUGAAGAUAGUCAAAUGAAGGUAGUCACAUGAAGAUAGUCAAAUGAAGGUAGUCAAAUGAAAAUGGACAAAUAAAGGUAGGUCAAAUGAAGAUGGUCAAAUGAAGAUAGUCAAACGAUGUUGGUCAAACUAAGAUGGUCAAAUGAAGAUAGUCAAAUAAAGAUAGUCAAAUGAAGAUAGUCAAAUGAAGAUAGUCAAAUAAAGAUAGUCUAAUGAACUGAAACAUUUUCCUAUUUGUCCUCUCAAAAGCAUCAACGACCAGGUUGGUGAUGGUAUUAUUUUUGCAAAUUCACAUCACAUGGUUUUGUCAGUCAAAGUGAUCCUUGGCUACCAAAUCAUGAAGAAACUGAAAAAAUGAAAUUUGAAUCACAAGGUAUUUAUCACUGCACUUAUGGUAGUUAUCAUUA